CAAUCUCUUUAGGCGGCCUGCUACUGACGUAUAAAUACAAACAAUUCGACCUCACAUCAACCACAAAACAAUCACAUUUUCAACCAAGUUUCAAAAACACAUCACUACUUAAUAUUCGCCGGAGAAAACAACGAUGGCCGGAGUCGAAAUGCUGCCCAGAGAGUACGGAUACGUGGUCUUGAUUCUCGCCCUCGCUGGGAUUCUCAACUUUUGGAUGAGUUCUCAAGUCAGCAAGGCUCGCAAGAAGUAUAAUGUUCAGUACCCUACGAUGUAUGCCCUGGAAUCAGAAAAUAAGGACGCCAAAUUCUUCAAUUGUAUUCAGAGAGGUCACCAGAACUCAUUGGAAUACUUGCCAAUGUUCUUUAUUUUCAUGACGGUGGGAGGGAUUAAGCAUCCGAUUAUAGCUGCGGUGCUGGGCUGCGUUUACGUUGUUGCUCGUUUCUUCUAUUUCAAAGGAUAUUCUACUGGCGAGCCCAAGAACCGUCUUACUUUUGGAGCGUAUAAUUUCAUGGCACUGAUAGGGCUUAUUCUGUGCACCAUUUCCUGCGGAGUGGGCUUUCUCCGUGCAUGAAGAAAGCUGCUUGCUCUGGAUAUAGCCUGUCUACAGGCAACCUCCUGCAUGUCUUUUCUUAUUUCUUCUGAAUUGUUAUGAUCUUGACAUGACUGUCAAGUGUAAUUUUUUUGGGUAGAUCUAGAUACUGUGGUUAUGGCAAUUUGGUCAUUGUAAUAUCACUUGCUCCAGAAAUGAUAUCAUGAAUUUUCAUUAGAAA